AUGUCUGGAUUUUUGGAGCACGCUUACAGCCUGGUCCACCAGGACAAUGCAGCCGAUAUCCCUUCCGUGUCCGACCUCCGGACCCAGCUCGAGAAGGGCACAGACGAAUCCAAGGUCGAUACCAUGAAGCGCAUUCUGACAAUCAUGCUCAAUGGUGACCCCAUGCCCUCGCUCCUCAUGCACAUCAUCCGAUUCGUCAUGCCCUCCAAGUACAAGCCGCUGAAGAAGCUGCUUUAUUUUUACUACGAGAUCUGUCCUAAACUGGAUGCUAGCGGCAAGCUCAAGCAGGAGAUGAUUCUCGUCUGCAAUGGCAUUCGUAACGACCUCCAGCACGCAAACGAAUACAUUCGUGGCAACACGCUCCGUUUCCUCUGCAAGCUUCGCGAAGCCGAGCUGAUCGAACCUCUCCUCUCAUCGGCGCGCUCUUGUCUCGAACACCGCCACGCGUACGUCCGAAAGAACGCUGUAUUCGCCAUAUCGUCCAUCUACUCGCACUCUCCGACCCUUAUCCCGGAUGCAGCCGAGCUCAUCACAACAUUCCUCGAGGGCGAGACAGAUGCUACCUGCAAGAGGAACGCCUUCGCGGCUCUGUCGAGCAUCAGCCACGACUCUGCUCUAUACUAUCUCAGCUCUGUCUUUGAGGGGGUCCCCAAUGCAGAGGAGCUGCUGCAGCUUGUGGAGCUCGAGUUCAUUCGCAAGGAUGCCAUCCAGAACUCUCAGAAUAAGGCCCGCUACCUGAGGUUAAUCUUUGACCUUCUAGAAGCGAGCGCCUCCACCGUCGUCUACGAGGCUGCGUCUUCCCUUACCGCCUUGACCAACAACCCCGUCGCUGUGAAGGCUGCCGCUGCCAAGUUCAUCGAGCUAAGCAUCAAGGAAUCCGACAACAAUGUCAAGCUUAUCGUUCUUGACAGGGUUGACCAGCUCCGCAAGAAGAACCCUGGUGUUCUGGACGACCUCACCAUGGAGAUCCUGCGUGCCCUCUCCAGUACGGAUCUUGACGUCCGCAAGAAGGCUCUUGAGAUUGCCCUUGAGAUGGUGUCGAGUAAAAACGUCGAGGAAGUUGUGCUCCUUCUCAAAAAGGAGCUUUCCAAGACAGUGGACCAGGAGUACGAGAAGAACUCUGAGUACCGUUCCAUUCUCAUCCACACCAUUCACCAGUGUGCCAUCAAGUUCUCCGAGGUUGCCUCCAGCGUCGUGGAGCUGCUCAUGGACUUCAUUGCCGACUUCAACAACGCCUCUGCAGUCGACGUCAUCAACUUCGUCAAAGAAGUUGUCGAGAAGUUCCCCAACCUGCGCUCCACCAUUGUUCAGCGCCUCGUCUCGACCCUUGGCGAGGUUCGUGCUGGCAAGGUUUACCGCGGAAUCAUGUGGAUCAUUGGCGAGUACUCGCUCGAGGAGAAGGAUAUCCGCGACGCAUGGAGGAGGAUUCGCUCGAGCCUCGGAGAAAUUCCCAUCCUUGCCUCCGAGCAGCGUCUCCUCGAAGAGGACGGUAACGAGGAGAAGCCUGAGGAGCAUGUGAAUGGAAGCAAGCCAGCUCCCCCCAGUGGUUCCCGCAAGGUUCUGGCCGACGGUACGUACGCAACCGAGACAGCGCUCACCAGUCAAUCGUCCGCUGCUGCCAAGCUGGAAGCCGUUAAGGCGGCCCAGAAGCCCCCUCUGCGCCAGCUCAUUCUAGAUGGCGACUACUACCUCGCUACUGUUCUCUCCUCAGCGCUGGUGAAGCUCGUUAUGCGGCACUCGGAACUCUCAUCCGAUGUGGCUCGGACAAACGCUCUGCGUGCCGAGGCUAUGCUCAUCAUGAUCUCCAUCCUCCGCGUCGGACAAUCGCAGUUUGUCAAGGCCCCCAUCGACGAGGACUCGGUCGACCGUAUCAUGUCGUGUGUUCGGUCGCUGGCCGAGUUCUCCGAGAAGAAGGAUCUCGAGAAUGUCUGGCUCGACGACACCAGGACGGCCUUCCGUGCCAUGGUGCAGGUUGAGGAGAAGAAGAGGGCGGCCCAGGCCGCCUUUGAGAAGGCCAAAACGGCAGUCCAGGUGGACGAUGUGGUUGACAUCCGACAGCUCUCCAAGAAGAACACAUCAGUAGGCUUGGACGAGGUCGAGGUUGACUUGGAGAGGGCCACUGGCGGAGAAUCCACAUCAGAAGACCUUUCCUCCAAGCUCAGCCGCGUGGUACAGCUGACUGGUUUCUCGGAUCCUGUAUAUGCUGAGGCCUACGUCAACGUUCACCAGUUCGACAUCGUCCUGGAUGUUCUACUCGUCAACCAGACCACCGAGACACUUCAAAACCUCUCGGUUGAGUUCGCCACCCUGGGUGACCUCAAGGUUGUCGAGCGCCCGACAACCCAGAAUCUCGCCCCUCACGACUUCCACAAUGUGCAGUGCACAAUCAAGGUAUCAUCAACGGACACUGGCGUCAUCUUUGGUAACGUCAUCUACGACGGUCCUCACUCGACUGACACCAACGUGGUGAUACUCAACGACCUUCACGUGGACAUUAUGGACUACAUCCAGCCCGCCACCUGCACUGAAACACAGUUCCGUACCAUGUGGACUGAGUUUGAAUGGGAGAACAAGGUCAACAUCAACUCAAAGGCCAACACUCUCCGUGAGUUUCUGGAGCAGCUGAUGGCCUGCACCAACAUGAACUGCCUGACUCCAGAGGCCAGCCUCAAGGGAGACUGCCAGUUCCUGAGCGCUAACUUGUACGCCCGCAGCGUUUUUGGUGAGGAUGCGUUGGCAAACCUGAGUAUCGAGAAGGAAGGAGAAGAUGGCCCUAUUACUGGUUUUGUUCGUAUAAGAAGCAGGUCACAAGGUCUGGCCCUCAGUUUGGGUUCUCUAAAGGGCCUGAACAGGAUUGGGUCAUCGUCCUAG